AUGUUUUGGCGGCGUUCACAGCGGAACAGUUCUCAGUCCGCGCAGCAAGAUUCCGCAGCCGUAACACCAUCACCAAGACUAUCCGGCACGUCGUCUCCCCAUGGCACCCACAGCCAACCCACUCCGGUAGCGGGUGUUGACGAAGAUUCGAAGUAUAGAGCUAUCAUAAAAUAUUUACACGCCCGCCUUGCCACUAAUCAAUGGUACUCCAGCCCUACUGACCCAACUCUUGAAUAUCAUGGCCUUCUUCUGCGCAAGUCUCGGGGGACGUACAUGUCCGAACCGGAAAAUGUACACCCGCUGCUGCUGGCCGCGGUGCAGAAGAUCAAUGUCAGUGUUGCGUUUACCAUGUCGACAGAGACCACGCGCAUCAUCUUCUCCCUGAUCCACCCCCAGCAGACGGAGCUGGUGCUGCCGAGUGGCUUUCAGCUACAGGUGAUCGAGUCUCUAGAGGAGAUUGCGCUCUCUCCGCCGAGCUCUGUAAAGAAAUUCCAAUAUGUCGCGCUGGUGCGAAGGGAACAAUUACUGUUAGUGUGGCACGACGAACUGAGCAAAAUCCUGAUGCACGCCGAAGACGUGGAGGGGAAGCUUCUCUCUUUUAUCUGCGGCACGUCCACCGGCCUAUUUGCUUCGUCAUUCCAUGGCCAUCCCUUUCAACGAUCAUCCCUCACAUCUCCCGCAGACUCGACGCACCGGUUUGUUCCCCCACCGGCGGCCACCAAGGAAUCCAGUGUGGUUGGACAGCGGCUCUCCAACUCGAUCCCGGACGAAGAAGUAGCAGCGCCGAUCGAGUCGCUGGAACGACCGCUGGCGCUGACGAGUUCGAUAUUUGUCGGACUGGCAAUGUGCCUGAUCACCGUGCUUCUCUUAGGGUUCGGUGUCUCCAAUCUUAUCCUGCAAGUGCUGGUUGACAAGAAGUGGAUCCGACUGGCACUGGCGGCUACGAUUCCGGUUUUCAUGCUGUUCAGCAUCUUCUUUGCCAUUGUCAUCUUCACGGACAUCUUCCAGGCCAUUGGGCCGAUCAAGACGCUCAAGACGAACUCGCGGUUCUAUUCGGCGGUGCGGCCGGAUCUCGGACGGGCGUAUGCGCUCGGGUUCAAGCCGCCGCGGCUGACGAUCCAGAUGCCGGUGUACACGGAGUCGCUCAACGGGGUUAUCAUCCCGACGAUUACGAGUUUGAAAGCGGCGAUUUCGCACUACGAAUCUCAUGGAGGCAGCGCGACGAUCUUCGUCAACGACGACGGCUACGCGUACAUGUCGGAGGAGGAGCGGGCGGAGCGAGUGAAUUUCUACCAUGACAACAAUAUCGGGUGGGUGGCGCGGCCGAAGAACAACGACAACGGCUACGUGCGCAAGGGCAAGUUCAAGAAGGCGUCGAACAUGAACUUUGCGCUGAACGUGUCGAACCGGGUGGAGGACAAGCUGCUGGAGAAGCUGGCGGACACGCUCCAGACGACGGACAUGAUCGACGCCACGGAGGAAGACCAGCUGUACCAGCUGGCGCUGGAGGAGGUUCUGGCGGCGGACAGCCGGGCGGUGGCGGCGGGCGACAUCCGCAUCGGCGAGGCGAUUCUCAUCGUGGACUCAGACACGCGCGUGCCGGUCGACUGCCUGCUCUACGGGGCGGCGGAGAUGUUCCUGAGCCCGGAGGUGGCGAUCAUCCAGCACUCGACGGGGGUGAUGCAGGUGUCGGAGGACUACUUCGAGAACGGCAUCACGUUCUUCACGAACCUGAUCUACUCGGCGAUCCGGUUUGCGGUGGGCAGCGGCGAGACGGCGCCGUUUGUGGGGCACAACGCGUUCCUGCGGUGGAAAGCGGUGCAGUCGGUCGGGCGGCCGGACGACGGGUAUGUGGCGUACUGGUCGGAGAGCCACGUGUCGGAGGACUUCGACAUCGCGCUGCGGCUGCAGAUCGCGGGCAACAUCGUGCGGCUGGCGAGCUACCACGACGACGAGUUCAAAGAGGGGGUGUCGCUGACGAUCUACGACGAGCUGGCGCGGUGGGAGAAGUACGCGUACGGGUGCAACGAGCUGGUGUUCAACCCGCUGCGAACUUGGAUCUUCCGCGGGCCGUUCACUCGGCUGUUUCUGACGUUCCUGUGGUGUAACCUGCCGCUGUCGAGCAAGAUUACGAUCCUGGGGUAUAUCUCGUCGUACUAUGCGCUGGCGUCGGGGUUCCCGCUGACGAUCCUGAACUACUUCCUGGUGGGGUGGUUCAACGGGCAGCUGGACAAGUUCUACCUGGAGUCGUGGAAGGUAUUCCUGGGGCUGCUGGUGGUGUUCCCGCUGCUGGGCAACGUGUGCCUGGCGGUGAUCCGGUACCGGCUGGGCGAGAAGAGCCUGUGGGGGGCGUUGCUGGAGAACUUCAAGUGGAUGCCGAUGAUGGCGAUCUUCUUCGGCGGGCUGUCGUUCCACCUGAGCGUGGCGCUGCUGUCGCACCUGCUGUCGGUGAACAUGGAGUGGGGGGCGACGGCGAAGGAGAAGGUGGAGUCGAACUUCUUCAAGGAGAUGCCCAAGAUCUUCCAGGGGUUCAAGUGGAUGUACGCGGUGGUGGUGCCGCUGCUGGGCGGCAUGGUGUACCUGGGGCGGUUUGCGCCGCGCGGGUGGGAGAUCACGGAGAUCGCGGCGGUGGUGCCGAUGGCGGUGACGCUGGGGUCGCACGCGCUGCUGCCGCUGCUGCUGAACCCGUCGCUGAUGGUGUUUAAUUACUAG